CCAACGAAGCAGUCGCGGCUCUUUUGCCCCCCCUCACCGGAAGUAGCGGCCAUAGCUGCCGCGGGUGGAGAUGCUACGUAGUUCCGGCGAGGAGCUGGCGGCUGAGGAGUGAAGGAGUGGGGAGUUGUGCGGGGGAGAGUCUGAGGAGGCCGGCGAAGGGAGAAGGCAACUGAUUUUCCACAAUGUCCUUCAUAUUUGAAUGGAUCUACAAUGGCUUCAGCAGUGUGCUGCAGUUUCUAGGAUUAUACAAGAAGUCUGGAAAGCUAGUUUUCUUGGGUCUGGAUAAUGCAGGCAAAACCACUCUUCUGCAUAUGCUCAAGGAUGACCGAUUAGGUCAACAUGUCCCAACACUGCAUCCAACAUCAGAAGAGCUGACAAUUGCAGGAAUGACUUUCACAACAUUUGAUCUUGGUGGCCACGAACAAGCUCGCCGUGUAUGGAAGAACUAUCUACCAGCAAUUAAUGGGAUUGUCUUUUUAGUGGACUGUGCAGACCAGGAACGUCUUCUGGAGUCAAAAGUGGAACUUAAUGCACUAAUGACUGAUGAAACAAUAUCCAAUGUGCCAAUUCUUAUCUUGGGUAAUAAAAUUGACAGACCAGAAGCUAUCAGUGAGGAAAAACUCCGAGAGAUUUUUGGGCUUUAUGGACAGACCACAGGAAAGGGUAACGUGCCACAGAAGGACUUGAACACGCGCCCCAUGGAAGUGUUCAUGUGCAGUGUGCUGAAGAGGCAAGGCUACGGUGAAGGUUUCCGUUGGCUGUCCCAGUAUAUUGACUGAUAUUGGAGGGACAGCUCUAACUCCUGGACUGAUCCUGUUUGCAGCUUCCUUAUGGACUUUUCUAUUAGAACGUGGAAGGCUCUCCAACCAUAUACUGGCAUUGACCCAGGGACUCCUGUCUUCAGUUACCCCAUAUCACAGUGGUGACACAGUUCUUUUCCCUUUGUCUUGGAGAUAACAUUCUGUACACUGGUGCAAGUUGUCACAUCUCUAGGGCCCAUUGUUUCCACUGGAAACCUUGGCUUUCAGUUACAGUGGGGCCAGUGAGGUGGAAUGCGGGACUCUGCAUACAGCACUCUUUUAGCGGCUGGAAAAGAGAACAUGUCUCACCACUGUGGCCAAUUGACUUAAAAGAAAGCAACUAUAUUUUUUAAAGUGUUCAGUGUAUAUCCUGUCCCUUUAGAUUGUUUAAGUUAACACUCAACUUGUUUGGGCCAGAAUCUGUUAAGAUUUUUUAAAAAAUCUGAUAGUUCCCAAAUGACCGACCCAAGUAUCAUGAUAUUUGGAUAGAAAGAUGGGUUGAAUUGCCCUAUGAGAUGGUGGUUCUGCCACACUGCUUGAUGAUGAAGAUGGUGCUGUUGGGACUGAUUUGUGCAAUGGUCUUCCCUUUUUCUUUGAUAGGGUUUUUAGUUGGGAAGGGAAAUGGAACACUCACAUGGAGACACACUUGUCUUAGCUUUCCGUGAUGUCAUGAUAUGUAGGAAUCUGAAACAUGGUUAUUCACCUUGGCCCGCCUCUAAAUGUUGCUAUCACUCUUUUGUCAGCAGGCUUUCCUCUUUGCAGCACCAGUGGGGAAGGACUUAGGAUGCAGAAUGUUUUGCAUUUCAAGCAACUUGGGGGAAAAACAAUAGAAAUCAUGAAUUUUGUUGGGUUACUGUAGCAUUAAAUUUUUCCAACCAUUGCAUAUCAUAAUGCUGUUAAUGUAAACUAACCGUGUUUCUUUUAUAUCCAACAGAGCUUGUGUUUGAAGUUUCA